AGUAGCUAGUAGUAGGGGCUCAGUUUUCCGCAACUCCACGACAAGCGCGUAUUUUGCGUGAAGGCAGGCUGUAGGUUACUCCAGCCAGCCCAGCUCGCCAAAGAACCCCAGCAGUCCGUUAAUGUUGCUGGUGAUCUCUGGCGGCGACCUCGGCGGACCAAGGUAUCUGACCCUGUAGUCGGACACUGCCGGGCAGUGUAUCUAUAUGUGGUACAUCUGCUUGCUGGCGGCGCUGUUACUGCCAAGUGCGGUACUGACACAGGAGAAUUCUGAUCUGAACCCUGACGAUGUGAACUGGUUGAACCGAGUCCUUGGCACGCCACCGACCAGCACCACGACCAGCACUAGCAGUACCACAGCCGCACCACAGAACACGAUUCUGGAUCCAGUUCUCGAUCAGGACUUCAAUGAAAGUGCUGUGUGCACGACGGACACGGGCGAGAAUGGCAUCUGUGUCUUGAUACAGCAGUGCAAGGAUGGAGUCAUAGACAAUACAACUCUCAUCGACUUAAGGAUUGGAUCGUGCCCUCACUACUUACAAAUGUGUUGCCUGCGUUCGGCCGCUACCAGAGUACAGCCGACGCCGCCACCGGUGACCGCCGGGUGCGGCUGGAGCAACCCCGGCGCCGGAAUAUUCCGCACCAAGGACGCAGACAAUAUUAACAGGAAGACAUACGCAGACUAUGGGGAAUAUCCCUGGAUGGUUGCUGUGAUGAGAGCGGUCAACAGCGAAGAGGCCGUAGAAUGGAAGCAGUCUGACUAUUACGGAGGUGGCGCAAUCAUCCACCCGUCCGUGGUCAUCACCAUCGCCCACAAGGUGGAUUGGCAAACACCCAGCCAGAUAAAAUGCCGCGCUGGCGAGUGGGACACGCAGACAACUAUGGAGCUGUAUCCUACUCAAGAGCGGCUUGUCAAUAAGAAGAUCAUCCAUGAAGAGUACUACAGGACUCCGGCAGUCAACGACGUGGCGCUGCUGAUUCUGGUGAGCCCCUUCAAUCUUGAGGACGCGCCGCACAUCGGCGUAGCGUGUCUCUCUCCUCGUGUACCUGCGCCUGCCACCAAUUGCUACAGCAUGGGCUGGGGCAAGGACUUCCAGCAGAAGAACAAAAACGCCGUCAUACUCAAAAAGGUGGAACUGAGCUAUGUGGAGCCAGGGCCGUGCCAGGCUGCGCUGCGGCGCACGCGAGUUGGUCCGCGCUAUACGCUGCAUGACUCGCACUUGUGUGCUGGUGGCGUGCCCGGCGUCGACACCUGCAAAGGCGACGGCGGCUCCUCUCUCGUCUGCCCAAUACAGGAGGGUGCAGAUUCCAACCGGUACGCGGUUUACGGACUGGUUGCGUUCGGCAUUGGCUGCGGUAAACCCAUCCCCGCUGUCUACGCCAAUAUCCCCAAAUUAUACGCCUGGGUUGACACAAAGAUGGCUGCGGAGAAAUUCGACACAUCUUCAUACAAAUUUUAAUCAAUACUAGGUUUUUAAUUCUGAAUUUAAAAUUAAUUUAAGUGAAAAGCAAUAAAAACUCGAAAUA